GCUUUCCACUUCGUCAUUCUCACCGACGACUAUUUGUCGUGAAGUAUCUCUCGCCUACUACUCUAUAUCACAAAGCCUCCAUCGGCGACGGAUCUCAUCAAAAAAGCAUUUCUCACCACCGUCACCGUUAUCAUUCACUGACGGUCCGAUAAGUAAGACAAUGGAAUUUGUUGCCAAAGCAAAAACCAAUGGAUUAUCAUCUCUCUCUGAGCUUCACAAAGUUGAGGGGCAUGAUAACUUUGCUUAUCAGAGGGAGCCAAAACCGAAUAAUGCUUCUACUCAAGGUAUUAGUAGUGGCAACAAUGACUAUGUUUCCAAAACAAAUGCGAAAGCUAUUGGUAAUGUUGCCAAGAGCACCAAAUUUGUGAGUAGGAUCAAGAAUUCCAAAUCCAAUGAAGAAGAGGGUAAUAAAUUUGAGGUUCAAAUGCCUCAAGUAUUGAAGUCAGGAGUUUUAAGUGAUGAUUUUCCACCUGAAACAUUUAAAGGAGGUGUUGCAAAGUAUAAUGAGAUGGAUGCUUCAAAAAGACUCAAGCUUCUGAACUUCUUAUGCGAUGAAUCACUUACCACAUUGGCAAUGAGGAAUUUCAUUAAGAACAAAAUUUUGGAGUUUGAAGCAAACAAAAAAGAAGCAAGACAAAAGGCUACAGUUGCAAAUAAAAAGGAAAAACAACUAAGGAAGACGAUGCGAAGUGAUUUUGCCAAAAUCCAUAAGGAAAAUACCGGAGUUCCACUCUCCAGUGAAGAGCAUAACAAAAUUUUGUCUCAACUAAGAGCUCAAGCUAAAGAAGCUCAUGACGAGAUGAUGGAGGCAAAUAACAUGAUUUCUAAAAAGAUGCAAACAUGUGAUGUUGUUAGAACUGGCCCAAUCAUAUUAGAGGACAAUGGACUUGUUCUCUGGAAACUGAAGUGUUUUGAGGAAGAACCAAAGUUUUUGCUUCAAGAUCUAGGAACAUUUGAUGAUUUAAGUCCUUAUGAAAAAUGGUUAGCCUUUAAGGCUGAACAGAAAGAGGAGAUAGAGAAAUUUCUCUCUUCCAAGAGGUGAGUCAUUUUCACCGAGACUAUUCGUAGUAAUAUUUGAAAAUCUCAUGGCAUGAAAAUACUAAUUCUUGCUCUUGUUUUGUAGGAAACAAUGCAAACAAAGAAGAAUGUGAAUG